UCGUGUUCCGAAAAGAAAACAGCACCAUCAUGUCCACUCUCUUUUACAACCUAUAAUCGUUAAUUCGCUCCUUCCCACCCUUGAUCUGAUAUGAAAGUCUCAUGAAACACAUGCAGAUCAAACACUUUUCGAUCCCUACAACCCCACGAGUGACCCUCAACACUCCGCCCACGCGCUCUCUCAUCGUUUCUAUACAAACCACAGUCAUUUCACUUUGCAUACGGCAUUCAGCUUUCAUCUCUUAUUCGGUCACUUUCAUCACUCAUUCCUUAUUCUCGGCAUGGAUUCCGCAUAUUUUCUUUACACUGCGUCUCUCAUUUUCAAGCGUCCUAGCGCUCACUCUUCUGUAUCCUUCUCUGUCACACUCACUAUUUCUUUCUAUUCCUCGCCAGCGAAACUACUAGGCAACCAGUCCGUGUCAUCACCUGAAAAAAAUAAUAUAAUACAAUCAUACUACAAAUAAAAAGAGAUUAUAUCAAAAACAU